UUUAGAGAAUAGAAGAGUGGGCGGAGCCACAGAGCUUCGAGUCGUCCAGUGAACCUCGUCUGUUUUCUUUUACGUCCGCCGAGCACACAUAAUAAAACGGCUCCGUCUGGUUGAACUUCAUUCGACUUUGCUCGUUCAAAGAAGGAAGUAUAACCAUGAGUGGAAGAGGCAAAGGUGGCAAAGGACUCGGAAAAGGAGGCGCCAAGCGUCACCGUAAAGUUCUUCGUGAUAACAUCCAGGGCAUUACCAAACCCGCCAUCCGUCGUCUGGCUCGCCGUGGCGGAGUGAAGCGCAUUUCUGGUCUGAUCUACGAGGAGACCCGUGGUGUGCUGAAGGUAUUUCUGGAGAACGUCAUCCGUGACGCCGUCACCUACACUGAGCACGCCAAGAGGAAGACCGUGACCGCCAUGGAUGUGGUGUACGCUCUGAAGAGGCAGGGCCGCACUCUGUACGGCUUCGGCGGUUAAAUUCAUUCGCCCUAACCCAUCAAACGGCUCUUUUAAGAGCCACACACUUCACCUUAAGGGCUUUGUUCUGUGAUCUUAUUUUAUUUAUUUAUAGUUUUUUUUUUUUUUUUUUUUUUUUUUCGUGUUUUAGAGGAAUGUUCUGAGAAUUUUAGCAAAAUACCUGCCAGUAUCUCCCCACCGACUUCUGAAGUACUAUGUUAUAACUUAAUUACUGACUGAGACUCCCAUUAUAUUAUAUCGACUCUUCGUUUUGCUAUAGGCUCUAAGAUUAAGGUGUUUAUAAUGCGUGCUUUUCUUUAUAAAAAGUCAAAUGACUUGACCACAAACUGAACUUCAGAGGUUACAGACCUAUUCAAUAUCACUGUUUAUUAAUACUCACCUAUAGCAGGAGUGUGAACCAAUAGAUUUCACUGAUUUCACUUUAUUUGUAAAUGUCUUCCUGCCAGAAAUUACUUAAAGUAAAAGUGCUUUAGGUUUUUUUUGUUUUUUAAAUAACCAACCCACCUUUGAUCUAGUAGAGGGUGGACAUGAGUAGACAAAGCCCAAUGAAGCUUUUGAAACCUCUUCCUGAUGUGUGCCUGAAAUAUUUUCACCAAUAAUAUCAAUGUAACAGUUUUGACGUGUGGUCUUCAUUUCUGACAGGUUUACUCAGUCUUACAAUCCUGACAUAACCUUCAUACAAGGAACAUUAUCAAAGAUAUGUUUUAGUACCCAGAUUUUAUGCACUUGAAAUGCAACAUGUCUGUUUGAAACUGCAAACAAAGUAUCAAAGGCAACUGUUAAUGCUCUGUGAUGAAAUGACCCACAUCGCAAAACAAGUUUUGCCAGGUUGUCUACGUUUAAUUGACAUGCUUCCAGGUAAAAAAUAAAUGAACAAAAAAAAAAAGCUCCUUUGAGGGAGCAGAUCAGAAUUACAGAAAAUACACCAUACACAAAGUGUGUUUGCAUGUAGCACACAGCUGUGGCUCGCUGACGGUCUAAAUGAAUCUCAGACCUAAAUGAGUUUGUAGUGAUUUAUAAUUAUUAUAAGUCUGAACCUCUUUAAUCUGCUCAGCUGUCUUGCUUUUAAGUUUUAGUGCAAGUACUUUAAGGAACAAACAAUGAGACAAUGUUUAUGCUCUUACUACACAGAUUUCUGGUUUCACAGCAAGUUUAUUAAAAAAAAAUCUGGGAAAUAACUAAAUUUAAGUCAGUCAGAUUUUCAUUCAUGUAGUAAAACAGCUACAUGUGUUGCAUACACUAAUAGACUAACAGGGCUGGCCCACUUCAGUUCUAGUGUGAACAUGAGUUUGAGUUUAAUUACUUUAAGCAAGUGUACUCUCAGAGGUUGUGAGUGGUUCUUAAAAGAGCCGUUAGCUGGUUGUUCUUCUUGGCCUGGAUGUUGGGCAGCACACCACCCUGAGCGAUCGUCACUCGGCCCAGCGGCUUGUUCAGCUCUUCGUCGUUGCAGACGGCCAGCUGCAGGUGGCGGGGGAGGAUCCUGGCAAGAGCGUAAAUUUGGUUUUGGCGUUGGUGGGGACGGAUGAUUCAACCACCGAACCCUGCCCUGUUUUUUUUUUUCCUUUUUGUCUUUGCUUCUUGAUAA